CCAUUACUUCCCGCCUUGCCUUGAGCUAUAUCCCUCCGCACAAUACUGCUUAAGCCAGCUUACUGCAAGCUAACGGCGUUGAGCGGGCGACCUUCGCGCACUGCUUCGCGCAGCUACGAUGAACUAGGGCGAGAAGAUGCCUACCACCUAGCCUUGCUCUAGGCUAUUUUGAGGAUGUCGAACUCUGUGCUAGACUAUUUGACUUCGGUUCUUUCCCAGCGAGGGCCUACGGCCGUGCCUUACGACGAGGCGGUCAAGUGGAACGUGCGAGACCAUGUAUCCGAGCUGCAGAAGGUCUUUCCGACACUAACAGCAAAGCUUAGCGAAUAUCAUAGCAAUGAUGGCAGGUUGCUCAACGUGCUUAAAGUGGAGGGCACGAUGCCAAUCCAUUACCAGGGCGCCAAGUACAAUAUCCCCAUCCUGAUGUGGCUGGCGGAGCGGUACCCCUACAACCCUCCGCAGGUGUUUGUGGUGCCCACCGCAAACAUGAUCAUCCGGCCCAGCGCCUUCGUGAACCCCAGCGGCCAGGUGGCCACCCCCCUGCUGCGCUCCUGGCUGUUCCCCAGCUCCAACCUGGUGGACGUGGUGCUGGAGAUGUCGCAGGUGUUUGGCAACGAGCCGCCGCUGUACACCAAGCCAGCGGGCUAUGUGGCGCCGCCUGUCGCGGCCGCCGGCAGCAGCAGCUCAGGGGGGCACCCGGGGGCGCAGCCGCCGCCGCCGGGCUACCCCAUACCCCCGCCGCCGCCCUCACACGGCGCCAGCGGCGCGGGCCCGGGUCCCUCUAGCAGCAGCAGCAGCAGCACUGGCGGGGCCCUGAGCAACGGGUACCCCAACCAGCACUACCCAGCGGUGGGCGGCGCGACCGGAAACCUUACGCCCUACGCCACACCCUCUGUUGGCAACACGCCCAACUCCACGCCGGGGCCAGCGCCCGGGCAGCGGCCGGGGCCAGGCUGGGGUGGCGCGGGGCCCGGGCCGGGGCCGGGCGGGCCUGUGCCAUACGGGGCGGUGGCCUCCUCUUCCGGUCCUCCUCCGCCGCCGCCGCCGGUGGGCCCACCGCCGCCGGGGCCCUCUGGCUUCGGCCUGGGCGGCCUGAUCUUCGGCGGGCUCUUUGGUGGCGGUAACCAGCAGCAGCAACAGCAACCCCCGCCGCCGCCACCUCCGGGGCCGCCGCCGCCAGGGUCCAUGUCGGGCCCUGCCAUCCCGCCACCGCCGCCACCCCCGCCGCCCCCGGCGGAACCGCCGCGGCCGUCUGUUGACAAGGCGGAAUUGGAGGUGCACUUCCGGCACCUAGCCAUUGAGGCGCUGAGCGGGCAGCUCAAGAGCCUCGCGCGGCGUUUCAGCGACCACGCACAGGAGGAGACGGCCAAGGCCGUUGAGACGCAGUCACAGCUGUCGGAGCGGCGGGCGAGGCUGCAGGCUGCGCACGACUCGCUGACGGCUCAGCGCAUGGGCACGGAGCAGCUGGUAUCGGAGCUGGCGGCCAAGAACAAGGCGCUGCAGGGCUGGCUGGACCGCAACGAGCCCCUGGCAGCCGCCUACGACCCGGAGACCGUGCCCGUGUCCUCCCUGCUGCUGCCCGCGGACGAGCGCUGCAGGCAGGGCAUGGAGACGCAGGCCCAGGACCUGGCUUUGGAGGACGCCAUCCUGGCUCUGGACCGGCUGCUGCAGACCGGCCAGAUUGCGCUGGACGCAUACCUCAAGCAGGUGCGCUCGCUGUGCCGACGGCAGUUCUUCGCACGUGCGCUGGGCCUCAAGGUGGCAGCCGCCGAGGUGGAGGGGCCGCCUGCAGCCUCAGGCAGCUCCGCGGUCUACCAGACGCGGCCCUUCCCUAUCGCGCACGGGGAUGGCUGGUCGCACGGCGCUGCGCCGCCGCCGCCACCACCGCCGCCACCGCCGGCAUACGCCGGGGCUCACACGGGCGUGUUGACCAACCCGCUGGCGGGCCGAUGAGGCGAUGGCGACGAUGCGGAAUGCGGCUACGAACGUACUGGUGCUGGCGGCCCUGGCGUCUGAAAGUGGGGCUGCGUGUGUGCUGUUACCGACUGCGUUGUAUGGGAUGGGUGCGCAAUUACGGGUGUGGGUUGGGGGGCACAGAGUUGUACUGGGUGGUCGGCUCGGUGGACGUGCGUACUGACGCAAGCAGAUAGUGUAUUCAAGAGUUGCCGGGUGCGGGCAUGCAGCACGCCACGUUUGGGUUCUGCUGGCAGGUUGAUGGCUUUGGUGUGUAAUGCGUGCCCAUUCAUGCCUUCUUUGCAAGGUGUGUGGACUAUGCGCCGGUGUUCGCAAUGUACAGGUUUUGGGUGGGUUGGCCCCGGAGGGGCGGGAACGCCACCACGUUUGGCCUGCGUGAUCCUUACGAUGCGCUGGCUUGAAUGUUGUGGGUCUGCAGGAGGCGUGCCGUUCCUCCACGGUUCAUACGAAGCGUGUCUGCGUGAAGGUAAUAGCCCCGACGCGGCGCUGGUUAUGCUUGGGCCCAUAUCAUCCAUGCGGCUGGGGGUAUUGUGGGCAAAAGCGCCUAUGAACUUGGCCAAAUGCUCACCGCUCUGCUUCUUGAGUAAAACGCGUGCUGCCUGAUAAUGAAUGGCGACGCUGCAGCAGCCGCCCCAUUGGAAGAGAGGGACUGAGGGAGUGCAGCAUCCCGCAAGUAGUGCCAACAUUCAGCCGGCGGCGAGAACGAGAAUUCUCCAGGGGGUGGGCCAGAUAUGAUACAGGUACAUGCGAGAACGGCGGGCAACAGGCCCAGCCCAAAAUGUGACGGCUCGUACCUUGGCUCAUACCGGCUGCCGUGAGGUGUGUGCAGGCCGGUGCUAGCGGGUGUCGCGGCGUGCCAGUGAGGGCCUGUCCGGCACAUGCACACCACAAGUGCUCGCUCCCCUGCCCGCUCCCUGCUAUGUAACGGUCCGCACGU